UGGAUUACUAUACUUUCACGACAAAUUUGAUCAACCACAAUCAUCACCCACCCGCCACCAUAGCCCCACCGCCUCCUCCGGCAUGUCUUCUGGCAAGAUAUGGAAAUUUACGAGCAUUUUCUCAGCAAAUGGAGGCUGUAGCGGAUGCGGGUCGAACUCGGCAGACAGUAUAAUCGAACCCAAACCCGUAUCCAAGAUAUCCUUCUCCGACCAAAACCCCAGCCGCCGCCAAUCUUCUUCAGACAGCUUCUCGUGGAGAUACGGCGGCGGCUGCCGGAAGUCCGCCGCCGUCGACAGCGACGAGGACCGAUCAUCCACCACCUUCUCCCUCACCAUCGACACCUCCCGGGCCGGCCAUUACUGCCCGGAAAAACAGCAACAACAACAACACGACGAUCGCAACAAGUACCCGAAAAUCAAGGACAGCUUCGCCGUCGUCAAAGAUUCCGACGACCCAUACCAAGAUUUCCGGCAAUCGAUGCUUCAAAUGAUCUUCGAGAAAGAAAUCUACACGAGAAACGAUCUCCAGCAGCUUCUUGACUGUUUUCUGCAGCUGAAUUCCUCUCGCUACCACGAAGUCAUCGUUCGAGCUUUCAUGGAGAUUUGGAAUGGUGGUGUUCCGGCCGCCGCCGCCGCUGGCGGCAGCGGCGAGGCGGCUCCGCCGUGUUCCUCCACUGAGUUCACGUGAGAACGCACCAAGUGAGAUCGAGAAUUAGCUACGCACACGUGUGUGGGGUUUGGGGUUGGCCACGUGAAGACAUUAAAUUCAGAGGUGGGGGAUGAAAUAUCCAGUGCAAAUUAAUUAAAUUUGACCGGGAAAGAGUUUUAUCAGUUUUCUGGC